GUGGCUUGUUGGCGUUUUCUCGCUGUUACUGUUCAACUCGACGUUGUUUGGAAUUAAUAAAAUACCUUAGGUAGUUGAUGACUUGAUUUUGUUUACUAAUCGCCGAAUUCUUGGAAUAAUGGUCGAACCGGCCGUAGAGUACUUAAAUUUCCCAAAGGAAGAAGAAAAAAUAUUAGAGUUUUGGAAAGAAACUGAUGUGUUUCAGGAAUGUCUUAGACAAUCCAAAGGAAAGCCCAGGUUUUCCUUUUAUGAUGGACCACCAUUUGCCACUGGACUUCCUCAUUAUGGCCACAUAUUAGCUGGUGCAAUCAAAGAUGUUGUUACUCGAUAUGCACAUCAAACUGGUCAUCAUGUUGAACGCCGAUUUGGAUGGGAUACACAUGGCUUACCAGUGGAAUUUGAAAUUGAUAAGCUUUUAGACAUAAAAGGACCAGAAGAUGUUGCUAAAAUGGGUAUUGAUAAAUAUAAUGCGGAAUGUAGAAAAAUUGUUAUGCGUUAUGCUAGUGAUUGGGAGACUAUUGUCACUAGAUUAGGACGAUGGAUUGAUUUUAAAAAUGAUUAUAAGACAUUAUAUCCAUGGUUUAUGGAAAGUGUAUGGUGGGUGUUCAGUGAGCUUUGGAAUAAAGGUAUGGUAUACCGUGGUGUUAAAGUUAUGCCAUUUUCAACUGCUUGUAGUACGCCAUUAUCCAACUUUGAAUCUGGUCAAAAUUACAAGGAAGUUGUAGAUCCUGCAGUUAUAGUUAGUUUUGCUCUUGAAAAUGAUCCUUCAGUUUCUUUGGUGGCUUGGACGACUACACCUUGGACUUUACCGAGUAAUCUGGCAUUGUGUGUAAAUCCUACAUUGAUAUAUGUAAAAGUUAAAGAUUUAGAUGAAAAUAUAUUUAUUCUGAUGGAAGCUCGAUUAGAAACUUUAUUUAAGAAAAAAGAAAAUUAUACUAUCUUAGACAAAUUUCCAGGAGAAAAAUUAAAAGGAUUAAAAUACAAACCUCUUUUUCCAUAUUUCGAACAUUGUCRGGAUACUGCUUUUAUUGUAUUAACUGAUGGAUAUGUAUCUGCUGAAUCUGGUACCGGUAUCGUUCAUCAAGCUCCAUAUUUUGGAGAAGAUGAUUAUAGAGUAUGCUUAGCUGCUGGAGUAAUUACUAGAGAUCAAGAUAUCAUUUGUCCUGUUGAUGAAAGUGGUAAAUUUGUUCUUCCUGUCAGUGAUUUUGAAGGGCAAUAUGUUAAAGAUGCUGAUAAAAACAUUAUUAAAUAUCUAAAAGAAUCAGGAAGGCUUGUAAAUUCUUCUUCAAUUAAACACAGUUAUCCAUUUUGUUGGCGAUCUGAAACUCCACUUAUUUAUAAAGCUGUACCAUCAUGGUUUGUUCGGGUACAACAUAUGAGUCAAGAUCUCUUAGCUUGCAAUAGUGCUACAUAUUGGGUCCCAAAUUUUGUUAAGGAAAAACGCUUUGGAAACUGGUUAAAAGAUGCUCGAGAUUGGGCAAUCAGUCGUAAUCGUUACUGGGGUACUCCUAUACCACUUUGGGUAUCUGAUGAUGGGAAAGAAGUUGUUUGCAUAAGUAGUAUCGAACAAUUACAUAAAAUGACAGGAGUUCUUGUAAAUGAUCUUCACCGAGAAACAGUUGAUAAAUUGACAAUUCCAUCAGCUAGGCCUGGUUUCCCACCAUUGCAUCGAAUUACUGAAGUAUUUGAUUGUUGGUUUGAAUCGGGUUCUAUGCCCUAUGCACAACAACAUUAUCCAUUUGAAAAUAGAAAAGAAUUUUCUGAAAAUUUUCCAGCAGAUUUUAUUGCUGAAGGAAUAGAUCAGACUAGAGGAUGGUUUUACACAUUGUUAGUAAUAUCUACAGCAUUAUUUAAUAAACCGCCAUUCAAGAAUCUCAUAGCAAAUGGUCUUGUACUAGCUUCUGAUGGACAGAAAAUGUCCAAACGUAAAAAAAAUUACCCAGACCCAAUGGAGGUUGUCAACAAAUUUGGAGCUGAUGCUUUACGUUUAUAUCUUAUUAAUUCACCUGUGGUAAGAGCAGAAAACUUAAGAUUCAAAGAAGAUGGAGUCAAAGAAAUAUUGAAGGACUUAUUUCUGCCUUGGUAUAAUGCCUAUCGAUUUUUCAUACAAAACAUUCGUGAUUCUUCCGGAAAUAUGUACAAGCCAAAUAAAAACUAUUAUUCAGCACCUAGUGAAAAUAAAAUGGACCGAUGGAUAACAUCUUGGACACAAUCAUUGAUUGCAUUCAUACGUCGAGAAAUGGCAGCAUAUCGUCUUUAUACAGUUGCACCAAGACUUGUGAAAUUUAUUGAUAUGUUGACUAACUGGUAUGUUCGAUUAAAUCGUCAAAGGCUCAAGGGCGAAUGUGGUCAUGCAGAAUGGCAACAUUCUUUAGAUACGUUGUAUCAUGUCUUAAUGACCAUGGUCUGCUUAAUGGCUCCAUAUACACCAUUUAUAAGUGAAUUAAUGUAUCAAAAUUUAAAGAAAAUCGAAAAUCUUGAGGAACGUAGUGUACAUUUCCAUAUGGUACCAAUAGUUCAAGAACAUUUGAUUGAUAAAAAUAUUGAACAGAGUGUUUCUAAUAUGCAAAAUAUUAUUGAAAUGGGCAGAGUAAUGAGAGAUCGAAAGACAAUACCAGUUAAAUAUCCACUUCCGGAUUUAAAAAUCAUUGCUGAUGAUCCUAAAAUUAUUGAGAACAUCGAAGAAUUUCGUGAUUAUAUUGAAAAGGAAUUAAAUGUGAAAACCAUUACUUUCACAAAAAACAAAAGUAGAUAUGUUAAACUUCGAGCAGAACCGGAUCAUAAAACAUUAGGUUCCAGAUUAAAGUCUGAUUUCAAAAGAGUUACAGCAGCUAUUCGUGAAUUGACAAAUGAACAACUUCAAGCAUGGCAAAAUGAAGUUUCUGCUGUAGUUGAAGAAAAUGAUGCAAAGAAACCAUCUCUCAAAGUUCUAGAAUAUGAAUUAGAUGCUACUGAAUUUAGAAUAUUAUACGACUUUACUGGACCAGAAGCAGAAGAAAUGGCUAAAAAAUAUGAAGCACAAUUAGACAAUGAUAUUUUAGUUUUAUUAAAUGUUACUCCAGACCAAAAUAUGUUGGAUGAAGGAACUGCUCGUGAAAUUAUCAACAGAAUUCAAAAACUGCGAAAAAAGGCUCAUUUAGUGCCUACAGAUUUAAUAACAGUUUAUUAUAGCAUAAGUCCAAUAGGAGAUUUAUCCAGAGUAGCUAAGGAAUUUAAUGAUUUUAUAAUAAAUGUAUUAAAAGUUCCUUUUAUAGAUGGGCCAGCAGUGGGAAACGUGAUAAUUGAAGAAACUCAGACACUUAAAGGAUCAAAUUUAAAAAUUAUUUUGACAAAAGAGAACAGCGAUACAAUUCCAUUGCCAGUUUGCAAGUUUGUUAAUGUAGAACUCCGUGGAGUAACUCCCAGGUAUGGUGCUUCAAAUUCAGUUACAGUUCUUCUUGAAAAUCCUGUUGGUAAAAAUUUACUAGAUGUUCAUAAUUUAACCAAAGAGGUACAAAAUGUUUUUGGAUUAUUUGGGAUUGAUUUUAUAAUUAAAUCUGCUGAUGGAAAAAUAUUAGAUAACAAUUUACUCAACAAUAUCAAGAAUGAAACAAUUAUAGUGCAAAAGAAUAAUUCUUUUGAAUCUGUUCAGGUUCAACAAACAAAAUCACCAACUACACAGUUUAUAAAUGUCAAGUUUGGCUCAGAAUCUGGAACAGUGUUGCUUCAUGAAGGUGAUGAUAAAAAUGAUUUAAUCAAAUUAAAACCUAAAAUUGCUCGUAUUUUCAACCUGAAAAUUACUCAAAUCAAACUAAUGCAAGAAAAUGAUUUCAUCAUUGCACAACUGAAAUKAUUAAAUGUGUUCUUACUUUUUAAUAUAAAUAUAACUAUGAUUUAA